UAUCCGAAGAAGAGCAGACUAUGAUUUGCACUUGUAAAACCCGUAAUUCGCAACUUGUGAAUGCGCAUCUCAGAGUUUGUAAGUGUAACUUCAGAUCCACACAUCUGCAAAAAGCAAACUGCAAGCAUAUUUCACAACUUGUGAAAGCGCAUCUUCGAAUUUGCACUUGUAACUUCAGAUCUGCAAAGCUGCACAACAGGAUUUGCAUGUGCAGGUUCCUAUUUGCUCGCUCAGUUGCGUCAUCCUUCUCACGUGAUUUUUGGCACGAUUCACUCGGAUGGAUUUGAAGGAAACGAUUUGCGCGCAGAGACCAGGAAUGCCUGUUCUACCACUUUUGUCCAGGAGGUGGCAGUGUGGUUAUUGGCCAUGCAAAGUCGUAUAUAGGGAUAAUAUCUCAAUAAACGGCUCUGUGGCCAUGAAUCUUGGUCUGCGACACGGCGCCACGAAAGCAUGGAGGGAAGAGGUGUUCAACAACGUGUCAGUAUACGGGAUGCAGCACAGAACCUCCUCUCUGUCUUGCAACCUAUUGUCCAGCAAUUGCCAGAUGAACCUGUGGGAACAUCUCAACCGCAAAGUAACCUAACUGCAGGGCAACAGCCUACAGUUCAUCAGGAAAUGACCAGGUCAUUUCCUGGAUUGUUCCAGAGAGGUCAAAGAGGUAGAAAGAGGCCAUAUGUUGGAGUAAGGCAAAAUGUCUCGGUCUCCAAGACAUGCUCUUUUAUUUUUUACCUGCUUCCAAAGACCAUGAGCCGCACACCACAGCCGUCUGAUGAAGUAUCCUAUUUGAUGUCAGGGCUUGGCCGGAGGAAUGUUUCUAUGUCAGAGGACAGUGACCAUACCCAGAUCACAUCACUUCUAACCCAAGAGUUUCCCAAAAUGGGGAAUUUAACUGGGGGAUGGCUCCUCUACAAAGCCUCAGGAGGCACUGGACAACGCAAGCUAAGCUUGCUUCCACCCGAAGCAGAGGGGUACUCUGCCAGACAGUUAAAAAUUGCUUCUAACAAUGGCAAAAACACACUAUUCAUUAUGCCUCUGCAAGAAGAACUUGAUACAACUCCCCUCCCACAAGAUGACACAUGCCGGUGCAUGUUCUGCUAG